AUCUUACUUAGCGACGGCAGUUUCAGUCGGUUUGGGUCCAUACCUAUAUUUGUUGGGAAUCCUAACUUCCAUGCGCCAAUGUUUGACCAAGCUGUGUACCAAGCGACCGUGCAACAGGACUUACAAGUGGGAACCAAUCUCAACCUCAACAUCUUCGCAUGCGACUUAGACUGCCCGGACUCUUGCAACGUCUCCCUACCCACAAACUGUACAGAGGAUUCAGGUCGUCUGACUUACGGUAUCGCAGAAAAUAUCAGAGACAUCUUCGUGAUCAAUGUUACCACUGGAAUCAUCAGCACACAGUGGCCGCUAGAGAGUACGAUCACCAACUACAGUUUGGUCGUCAUCGCGAUUGACCAGGCGGAGAAUCCGCGUACUGGGUCGGCAAUGGUCUGGAUAAAUGUUGAAGACGUGGGGACCACUCCUGCACCGACAACCCCGUCACCCCUACAGUGUCCCGCCGAAGAACAGCUCCAGAACCUCCGCUACGUCCUCUUCGGAGUGAGCGGCUUCGCGGGGUUGUGGCUCAUGAUAACCAUUGGGCUUGUCGUGAGAUUGGUGACGACUCAACGGCGUAUGAAGUACAUGUCCACAGCGCACCUAACGACUCCAGCCUUCACUGCAAGCCAGUACGACUACGUGCCGUCAGAGACAAGGGACUACGCGUACGCGGAAGGGAUAGGUGCGGAUGACGACACGCCGCCACCCCCGCCCGUCGCCGACCGGCCUCCUUUGAGGACUUCUACCCUGAACAACGAACCGUUAGGAGCGCAGGCAACGGACCGCGGGUCCGGGUCAUAUAUGGAGAUGCGCUCCAGGAUGCGCUCAGAGCUGCAACGCCAGGAGCGAAUCGACGCCCGAGCUAGGGGAGACGGCGUCUACAGGGAGCUGAAGUAUGGCUAUCUGCCGCUCAACACUGCUGCCUCUGGACCAGUUGACCCUGCAGCAGACAAGUAUGGGUACCUGAAACCUGGCAAUAUUAAUCUAACACGUCUGAACAACCAGCCACAACCCAACAACCCCAACCCUGGCGACAUACGGCGGAACGACAUGUACACCACCGACAUCCCAAGCCCGGAUUACGAUAUGCUGCCUAGAAACACGCGGCUGUAAAUAUUGAUAUACAAAAGUGAACAUGUAUAUAUUGUUUUAACGGCUUUGUUACCUUCGCCAAGAAGGUUAUGUUUUCUUAGCGUUUGUCCGUUUGUUUGUUUGUCUGUGAACAGCAUAACUCAAGAAGCUUUGUAUGCAUUGUUAUAAAACUUGGUUGGUGGGUAGGUCUUGAUGAGACCUAUAAAUGAUUAGAUUUUGGGCCCCUUGGUGGCUUUCCUAAGUACUGCAGCAGAACUUCCUGUUUUGAUAUCUAAUGAUCUGGACAAGCUAUGGUCAUGAAUUUUGGUUGGUAGAUAGCUCUUAGACUACGAAAGAAGUGAAAUGAGUUUGUGCCCCCUAGCGGCUUGUUCUAGCACUGCAGGAGCGUUUGUUGAAAAAAUAUUCGAAGGAGAAUAAGAAAAAGAAAGAAAGAUGCAUGAUGCACUCUCUGACUCUCCGGAAAUUGGAAACGUGAUGACGUCAUCAGGAGCGCAUCAAAAGUGACAGGAAGACGGCCCCACCGGCACUUUUGAUGCGCUCCUAAUGACGUCAUGACACUUCCGACUUCCGGAGAGUCAGUGAGUGCAUCAUGCAUCUGACGAGAUCGACCGAAAUUUUAUGGUGAGUUUCUUCCUUGUGUUGGAACAAAGCUUGAACUCUAUAACUAGGAUUUACCAACACAGAUGAGCUUUCAUUCGACUAUCAAAUAGACAUUUUUAUUUGGUCUAGUUUGUUGUGCAUUGCAGGUGUGGUAUUUUGCUGUGGGACUCUUCAUAUUAGUAACUGUUAGAUCAUAUCGAAGAACACAUUAUGUAGAGUAGGGAUUUCUGAAAGAAUUAAAUUUUGAUGCAUUUGAUACUAAUAUUGUCUAGUUUUUGAUAAUGUGAAAACGAUGUUCAGAUAUACUGUUCAGAUUUUUAUGUGUUUUGUGUGAUAUUCAAUGAUUAACAAAUUACUUGACAUUAAUAUUGAAGCCAUAUCAAUGAAGCUGAAAUAAAGCAAUGACCAAUACAUGUAUCUAUUAAUAAAUAACCUACACCAGCUUGUGACACUUGUAUUUUUGAGGAU